AUGGGCGAAGAAAGGGCGCUCUAUCUGAACAGCAUCAUUGACCGGCUGGUGAACCUCAGCAUGUUGGAACGCACGACUGCUCUCACACACCUCUACAACUUACGGACUGCUGCCGUGGAAGAUCUCAGCGAUGCUGGAGACGACUGGCAGCAUUGGGACAGCGUGCUCGGCUCAUCAACGCCACCCGACAACGUCAAGGCACUCAUUCGCGAUCUCACGCACCUACCCGAUGAUGAGCUUGCUAUCGUUGGAGCACAGGUUUCGGAGAGGUCCCACAUGGCCCAAGAGCAAAUCCUACACAUCGCCGACUACAAGGAGAGAGCAAAGCUCCAGGCUCAGCUCGCAGCGAGCGCCAAGCAAGCGCGUAAGAGCUAUGUCGCCGCCCGCCGAGGGCUCGACAUGAAGCACAAGGCGAAGCUGGCGGAGAAGAUGAAGGACGUCCGCGACGCAAUCGAACACGGCAUCGACACCGGUCAGGAUAUCACCGCACUCGAAGUGGUCUUUGACCGCAUCGAGCAGGCAUUCUGGGACCAGUGUCCCAGAUCCGCAGCCAGAUUGCACAUUUCGCCCUCCCCACGGAGCAGCGCCAGUGUAAUCGUGUGCAAGCUGCGACCUGACGCGCUCCAAAAACACAGCUGGAGCGAUACCAGCACCCAAAGUCGGGUCGGAACUCAGACAGGCGAUGGAGACGGCGAGAUCAUUGCAGAGGAUAAGCGCAAGAUCGGAGAGCUAAGGCAGAUGCUCACGACGCGGCUGAAGGUUCAAGGAUUUGGGAGACGAGAUGAACAAGAGACUGCAUGA